CGCAGGCGCAGCCGCGUUUUUCCCUUGGAGCUCUGGGGCGCGGGCUAUUUGUAGAUUAUGGCGGGCUCUUGGUCAUUGGGUCGUCACAGAGGGUGUAUCUCCACUUGCUGCGCGGGUGACCUCAAGGAUAAGAGGAACGACUCGUCGCCGUUGGGCAGGAGGCUCUCGGAGGACUCGGGCCGCCACCGGCUGCUGGAGAAGUGGGCGAGCAUGUGGAACUCCGUGAGCACAGACGCGACCGAGGCCAGCACCGACAGGUUUCCCGAGGAGGCGGCCCCGGCGGAGCCCCCGCUGGUGUUCCUGUGCUCCGGCUGCCGGCGUCCGCUGGGCGACUCGCUGAGCUGGGUCACCAGCCAGGAGGACACCAACUGCAUCCUGCUGCGCUGUGUUUCCUGUAAUGUUUCUGUGGAUAAAGAGCAGAAGCUUUCCAAACGUAAAGAUGAAAAUGGUUGCAUUCUCGAGACCCUGUACUGUGCGGGUUGCUCCCUCCAUCUUGGCUAUGUGUUCAGGUGCACUCCCAAGAAUCUGGAUUAUAAGAGAGACUUGUUUUGCCUCAGUGUUGAAGCCAUUGAAAGUUAUACUUUAGGGUCCUCUGAAAAACAAAUUAUGCCAGAAGAUAAAGAGCUUUUUAAUCUUGAAAGCCGAGUUGAAAUAGAAAAGUCUCUAAAACAGAUGGAAGAUGUCUUGAAAGCAUUGCAAACGAAGCUGUGGGAGGUUGAAUCAAAAUUGUCCUUUAUGAGCUGCAAAAGCUGAACUCUGUUCCAUGUUGUGUCUCUUGUUCUUUCCCAUCCAUUAUAUCUUAAAUGAGAAGAAUUGUAGAAUCAUUUCUGCAGCUGUA